CAUUCGAUCGGCUUGAGUAAAUCUGGGACUGAAUAUUGUGAAUCCUCGACGCGCAACGUCUUUGAUCACUAUUUUAGUAGCCUAAAACAUCAUUCGUGCAAUUUCGUGUCCGGUUGGAGUAGUUUCGUACACGUCGAAGUUUCUCGGCAUAGCCCAUGAUUUUAGCAUGCUAACAACGAGACGCGUUUGUGAUCACCACUUGCCCUUCCCUCAACAGAAAUCAAGCCUGAAAUAAAGUCUUCUUCUUUCCACCGCCAACUAAUAAGGAAUGACAAAACUGACACUUAACUUUGGUUGAAAAACACACCCACUCAAUUCUGUCGGCUUUGUCCUGUAGUUAACAAUACUAUCCAUUUUCUGAGUCAUUAUUAUCCUAACCUAAGUUCUGAAUCCGGCGGUGCGGUGGACGACUGGUUAGUACACCGUUGUGAGGGCUGGGGUUCAAAUCCCCGCCUCGCCAGUGUAGAGUUUACAUGUUCUCCUCUUGCCCGGUUUGGGUUUCCUCCUAAAAACUAGAUUUAACACGAGCAGAAGUUCUGGUGGCGAUCAGCGAGUUAAAAAAAAAAAACAAAAACAAAAGAAAAAAACGAUGCAAUCACAAGAUAUAGCAAUGACUAUAUAUAAAUGUAUGUUCAUUUACUACAUACACGUGAAUGUAAUUGCUUGCAAUAUAUAUUUACAAUAAAUAAUGCAUCUUUGUUCAUCUAUUUAGGCAAUCCAUUUAUCUUAUCAAUUUAUCACAAACUGUCUCUCUUUGAGUAAAAGAAAAAGAGUUGUUGUCCUUAUCUCUAUCUUUUCCGAUUGUUCUCCAUGGCCACGCAUGCAAACUGCCACGGAAACGCAGGGUUCAGUUGGGUGUUUGACAGCAGCCAAAGUGGGCGGCAGCGUGGCUGUGCCACUUGUUUGUGCGUCCUGCUGCACCCCAUUGCAUCCUGAUUACGUUGUCUUUAAAGGAAGACUCUACCCAAAAUUCAUAUGUACAAUAAACACUCCAAUGUGAAGUUACAUUAUUACAUAUAUUUUGGACAUUGAAAAUAAAAACAUUUGAAAUCCAAGCAAAAUUUGGAUAUGUGCCAGCUUUUCAGGAAGAAACAUCCUUGACUCCGCCCCUGACGUCGCCGGUGCUUAGCAUUAUAGACCAUUCGUUCCAGCUAAGCCAAGAUGCCGACUUGUUCUGCACCAAAACUGAGAAAACGCACCCACAUUAGUCCUUCUUUAACCUCCUGUGGGGUCAACCUGACAGGAUAAAGCUGUGGCUCUCACAGUUGAGGCUCACUCAAUCAGCGGGGAAAUUUGCACGCAUUUAGUCAUAACUGAUUAAUAGCCUGUCGUGCUGGUACGGUAAAGCAACAACAUACGUUAUGAGUCGCAGUUGUUCAAUCCCGGACUUCCGUGUGUGGAGUUUGCAUGUUCUCCCCGUGUCUGCGUGUGUGUAAACUUGCCUCCUGUCCGUUGACAGCUGGGAUAGGUUCCAGCAUUCCUGCGACUGUCGUGCGGCCAAGAAAAUGGAUGGAUGGAUACCUGUAUAUACACGUGUAACACUUCCCGGUUACUAUUUACGGCGAUGCACGCAUGCGAGAGGUGGAUGACGAAGAAUGAGGGGAGGGCUGUGUAUCGAAGUAGGUUUAGUACUACCAGGAUUUGAAUUUGAAAUGUAAAGUCAAAUGAGAUUUUUAUUUGAAAUGCCACAGAAAACAGGAUUUGAAUUUGAAAUGUAAAGUGAUCACAUUUUCAAUAGUUGUAUUUCAGUGUAACUUUUCAAUGUUAACAAUUCAACUGGCUGCGAUUUGCUGUCUAAAAUUCACCGUCUGUGCCACCAGGCAGGGUUACUUCAGGUCAGAGCCAAACACCCAGCCAAUCCAGUUACACUUUCUUAGUAUGUGACGUCACUUCACUAAGAAAGCAUAACUGCGAUUGGCUGGGUGUUCUGCCUGGUGGUGGUGUUGGUAGCCAUUUGAAUUUCAGACAGCAAAUUGUAGAAACUAUUAAAAAUGUGAUCACUUUACAUUUCAAAUUCAAAUCCUGUUUCACUUUACAUUCCAAAUUCAAAUCCUGGUGGCACUAAUCUACUUCCGUAAGUGUGCUUAGCUCGCGCUAAGGAAGCAUGUGCAGGUAGUCCUUUGCUCGCAGUCAAUUCCUCCUUAGCGUCCUUGCCUUUCUGCUCUUUUAAAGUUGGGAAAUGCACUGUCUUUUCCCUUAAUGAACAUUAGGCUGAUAUUAAGCCUAUGUUGAUUUUUAUCCUCGAUCCAUAAUGUAAGUAAUCUUUCAAUUUCUGCAACGCUCAAAGAAUGUCGCUUCUUUUUUUUGCUUCACGAAAAAGUUACUUUAUGGUCACUGUAUCCUUCAUAGGGGCCAAACCCUUCACGUGCGCUAAAAUAUGGGCUAUGUCUUUACUAAUGAUUGCCAUGAUCGACCGAAUGAAUACGAGUCUUAACCGAUGUUCGUCGGUGUUAGUCCUUUCUCUGAUUUAUUAUUUUUUUUCCCUGAUGUUCAGCUUCGUUUCCAUAGUAGUUGCUUUUCUUUCGGCUGGACCAGCAUUGCUACAAAACCUAGCUUUAUGCAAUAUGCAUGAUCUAAGCAGAAACGCUAUGGUUCUGGGGACAAAAUGGCGGACGAGACACUGGCGUCGUAAAAGCUAAAUUUUGUAGGUUUAGACCGUUUUAACCCGAGGAUUCCCUGUAUAUCCAUGUGUAUUCAUGAGCGUCACUGAGCGUAACUGGCUCAUCCCAUGUCAUAGCGUUACUGAGCCAUAUCAAGUCAAGUUACAUUUUACUGUUUUGUCCUUUCAGAUUUUUGACAUUGUUUUUUGGACCAAGCCUUUUUUCCUUGUGCUUUUUGUGCCGUUAGACUGAUUUUCCCUGCACAACCACAUAUUUGGAAUAAGCCUUCCUAAAAUCCAUGCUUACAUCUCAGCUUUCUGGAUAUGGAUUCGACCCUCCGCCUCAUUCGUGACAAAAUCAAGUUUAUUUACCAUCUUUGCUGAUAUUCUGGUGUUUCACAAUGCAAGACGCGAUCAUGAGUUUUUAUCUCGUUAUCCAUGAGAAAGCGUGAAGUAAGGAGAACUGACAAGAAAAUGGCAGGACCAUCUGUUGGAGAUGAACAUGGAAAGUGUUAUGAUCGUCGUGUGAAAAUGUGUGCAAGAACAACUGGAGAGUACAAGGAAGAAGUUCAUGGGGUAAAAAAGGAGGAGGAGCCAGAAUGUCAACUACUGGACGCUCUCUUCAAUCUGCAGCCUCGCAUUGUGUUAUGCAGAGCAGUUCAAGGUGGAGUUCGCUGUUCGCCCAAAGUCAGCUGCAAUAGGCUGCGGCACUCCUGUGAGCCUUGUGAGGAUAAGUGGCUUGGAAAAUGGAUAUACACAAAAUCAGUGAAAAUCUUCAUCCAGAGUGGCAGCAGUCAGUGUCCCGUUGCAUCAAAGAGGAAGAGGAGUGUGAAGAGCUUCAACGCAUCAAAGAGGAGGAGCUAGAGUUCCUUCACAUCAAAGAGGAAGAGCAGGACGAAAUCAUCCAGGUUCCAUCCAUUGGUGUCCAUUUGAAGAGUGAAGAUGAAGGUCAAAGUGAGGAGAGACGAGGGGCUGAGCCUCCAAGCAGGAACAGCUCAACUGAUGGAGACCUUUGUGAAAGAUCACAAACAGAUGGUCAUGAUGAUGAUGAUAAUGAUGAUGAACAUUUGGAAGGCGAUAUGACAUGUCACACUGCCAACAAAUGCUGGAAAUGUUCUCAGUGUAGGAAAGCUUUUGCUUCUAUGAGGAAUUUCAAACAACACAUGAAAAGACACACAGGAGAAAUGCCUUUUACAUGCUCAAUUUGUGGGAAAAGAUACACUCAGAAGGGACACUUAAAAAUACACACAAGAACACACACUGGUGAGAAACCCUUUUCCUGUCCAGUUUGUGAUAAAAGAUUCACUGAGAAGGGAAAAUUAAAAAGACACACAGUAGCACACACUGGAGAGAAGCCUUUUGCCUGCACAGUUUGUGGUCAAAGAUUCGCUGAGAAGGGGAAGUUAAAAAUGCAUACAAAAACACACACUGGUGAGAAACCUUUUUCCUGCUUAGUUUGCGGUCAAAGAUUCACUUGGAAGGGAGAUUUAAAAAGUCACACAAGAACCCACACUGGUGAGAAACCUCUUUCCUGCGCAGUUUGUGGUCAACGUUUUUCACGGAAGGGACACUUAAAAAUGCACACAAGAACCCACACUGGGGAGAAGCCUUUUUCCUGCGAAGUUUGUGGUCAAAGAUUCUCUGACGAGAGAAACUUGAAAACACACACAAGAACACACACUGGUGAGAAGCCUUUUUCCUGCGCAGUUUGUGGUCAAAGAUUUACUCAAAAGGGAAACUUAAAAACACACACAAGAACGCACACUGGUGAGAAACCUUUUUCCUGCUCAGUUUGUUGUCAAAGAUUCUCUUCUAAGUACCAGGCUCAGAAACACAAGUGUGCCGAUAGGAAAAGCCAUGAUCAAGAAGCUUUUAACGUAAAUGUGUAAAAUGAAAGUAAGUACUAUUAUUGACUGAGAACGUUCUUGUAUUCUGUGUACCACCUUUUAUUGUAUCUUUCUUGGAUCCAUCACAAAGGUCUCUUGCUGCCAAACGGCGGCUGAUCUGAUUUGAGUCAUGCUCACAAUCACACCUUAGGGGAAUUUGCAGUCAGAAAUCAAUGCAUAUUUUUGGUAUGUACGACGAAACCCACGUAAGUGUAGUGCGUUUAACUCUUUGUUGUGUAUUUUUUUGGAUGAUGGAUGAAUGAGAAGACAGACACUUAGGCUGCUCUCAACUUGGUUUAGUCCUCUGUAUUAUAAAGGGGACAUGUUAAAAAAAUUGCUCUUCACAAUUACUCUCACAACAUGUACACACAAACAUGUACACAAGAAGAUAUAUCACAAAAACAAUGUGAUUUACAGGGAAGAAAAUAACUAUUUCAACACCUGCUAUAUUGCGAGUUUCCCACUGAGAAUUCCUGUCCACUGUUAAAGAGAUAAUCUCCAUCCAUCCAUUAUCUACCGCUUUUCCGGGUCGGGUCGCGGGGGAAGUAGUUUCAGCAGAGAUUGACUUCUCUUUCCCCUGCUCUUCUAGAGGGAUCCCGCGGUGUUCCAAAGCCAACCGAGAGACAUAUUCUCUCUAGCGUGUCCUGGGUCGUCCUCUGGGUCUCUUUCCGGUGGGACAUGCCCAGAACACCUCACCAGGGAAGCGUCCGGGAGGCAUCCGAAUCAGAUGUCCUAGCCACCCUCAAUCAGACCACUGAAGAUGGGUCGUGGCUGGGUCUUUCAACCUGACAAUAACCUGAAGCACACAGCCAGGAAAACCAAGCAUAUCAAGGUUCUGGCAUAAGCUAGCCAGUCUCCAGACCUAAACCCAAUAGAAAAUCUUUGGAGGAAGCUGAAACUCCGUGCUUCUCAGCAACAGCCCAGAAACCUGUCUGAUCUAAAGAUCUGUGUGGAGGAGUGGGCCAAAAUCCCUCCGGUGGUGUGUGCAAACCUGGUGAACAACUACAGGAAACGUUUGACCUCUGUCAUUGCAAACAAAGACAACUGUACCAAAUAUUAACAUUGAUUUUCUCAGGUGUUCAAAUACUUAUUUGCAGCUGUAUCACACAAAUAAAUAGUUAAAAAAUCCUA